AUGGGUAGCGAAAGAAAGACUUCAUCAGCAGCCGCAGCAGCAGCAGCAGGAGGGGGUUCAUCUUCAUCGGGAAUGGAAAAUCUCCAUUUUUAUCCUAGUUGCUGGUUACCGGUAACUCCGGUAAAGCCGAUUGAACCUCAAACUAUGCCGAUCUGUGAAGAGGGAAGGCUUGGAAGCCAGUUGGGGCAGCAGGCAACGUGGCCUGAAACGACCGGUCAGAUUCAUCCACCUGGAAUGGGAGAUUACGGUUCAGCAUCAGCUGCAUGCAACAACAACAACAACAUUUCAUCAAACCGUUAUUUCGACAUAAACCAGAGUAUAAAUAACUGGGAGGAGGAAUCUGGAAACAAUCAUUUCAGUAAAUCUAGCAGCUUGGAUAUGGAGAGUCUAAACACUCUUCCUUUUGCUGAUCUACUUGCACUUGCUAAUAACAUGGGACCACCAGAUACCAAUAUGCAUGCUCAGACUAGUCAUUUCGGCGGCUUUGAUCCUACAAGUUUCAUGUCUAUGUUCGGAGGAAAUACUGCUGCACCAGAUGGAGGACGACUUAAUAACAAUGGGGGUUGUGAUUUGAAUUUCCCACCAACAGUAACAGAACCGAGCUCAAACAGCUUCUUUUUCACCAAUUUGGCACCUGAAAUACCAUUCCCAACCAAUAAAACGGUUACCAAUGAUCAAGUGUUGGAGGAUGGUAUGCCAGGAAAGGAAAAGGAACAGAGGGGAAGUGGUUUUCCUGCAGGAAUGCAUGAGAAUCAUAACCCUGAUAAGGGUAUAAAUCCCCCUGUCAUAAAUAUUGAUUUGAACAAGACACCCAAUCUGAAGCCAAAGAGAAGGAAACACAGACCUAAAGUGAUUAGAGAAGAUCAACCCAAAAGGACUCCAAAACCAAUGAAUCCCCCUAUCAACAAGACUCCAAUGGCUAAGAAGACUCCAACGGCAAAGAAGACUCCAAGGGCGAGGAAGACUCCAACUGCAAAGAACACUCCAACUGCGAAGAACACUCCAACGACGAACCAGACUCCAACGACGAACCAGACUCCAACGACAAACCAGACUCCAACGACAAAUCAGACUCCAACGACAAAUCAGACUCCAACGGCGUACCAUACUCCAAUGAAGAACCAGACUCCAAUGACAAACCAGACUCCAAUGACGUACCAGACUCCAAUGACGUACCAGACUCCAAUGACGUACCAGACUCCAAUGACGUACCAGACUCCAAUGGCGUACCAGACUCCAAUGACGUACCAGAAUCCAAUGACGAACCAGACUCCAAUGGCGAACCAGACUCCAAUGGCGAACCAUACUCCAAUGGCGAACCAUACUCCAAUGGCGAACCAUACUCCAAUGGCGAACCAUACUCCAAUGGCGAACCAUACUCCAAUGGCGAACCAUACUCCAAUGGCGAACCAUACUCCAAUGGCAAACCAGACUCCAAUGGCAAACCAGACUCCAAUGGCGAACCAUACUCCAAUGACGAACAAGACGCCAAGCACCAAAAGGAAGUAUAUUCGCAAAUCUCCAGCCGAGAAAGAUGCAGAAGAAAGUGGUACCCACGCUAGGAGAAAGCUGGCAUUCGAAGGUGAAAACAAAGUCAAUGUUGAAUCUCAAGCACAAAAUUUCAGCACGAGAGUGGAACCAUCAUCGACCAUAGACCUGGAUAAGGAAACAGAAAUAACCGUAGAGAAGACAACCACUGGUGAGAUCCGGAUCAAUAUGUUUUCAAAUAAAUCAAAUGGAAACAUGCCAAUACCGAGGAGCCCAAAUGGUUCAAACUGCAGCACCAACGAGAAUUUAACAAGAGGCAAACAAAGGAUAGGACAAGAAAGAGGACAUUUUCCUACAUCUGCCGAUGCAGUUCCCAAAAGCAAUAAUAUGGCCGGUGUUCAUUACAACUCCUUGCAUGGAUAUCUUGGGAUGUUACCAAUGUAUCCUUGCGAUAGCCAGAAUAAUGGAAUUAACUUCCCACCAAUUUGCAAGAGAAAGAGGAGUGAAAAGGUCUACUGUUCAACCUCAUCUACACCCAUCAUUAACCCAGAAAAUGGUAAACCUCAUGCAAUGCCUUACCAAUCCGGUUUUUACACCCAGAAAUCCAAUCUCUAUUCUCCUCCUCCACAAUUUAAAAGCCCUUCCUUCCAAAAUCUGCUAAUAAAUGUCCAAGGAGGACAGCCACCACCUCCUCCUCCUCUGUGUAGAAUGCCAUUUGACCAUUUGUGGAGAAUGACAAAAAAAAGAUCCAAGGGGCCAACUAAAGUGCGGGACAUGGCUUCAUUAAUGGGAGAUGCUGUAGACAAACUGUUACAACCUUCGCCGAUUCAAGUGCCAGCAUCAGAAAAUCAGAAACAUCACAAAAGCCCAAAUCAGAUUCAUACAUGCAUGGAAGCCCUAGCUGCAAAUAGUUCAGUCCAGAUGAUAACAAAGAAGAGGACAAGGAGGCAACAAAAUAACGGUUUUCUAGGGAAAUGGGGCAAACUAAGUCUUAAUAGAGUGGCAGUAAUGUUUAGCAAGAUGAAUAUAAAUCAAGAAAUUGUGAAAUACAAAAGGAAAAGAAAGGUGAAAAACGUGGAACAAAAUGCACUAGUUCUUUACCAAAGAGAUGGAACCAUCAUUCCGCAUAGUGACACAAAGAAAAAACCAGUGAGGCCUAAAGUUGACUUGGAUCCAGAGACAGACAGAGUAUGGAGGCUUCUUUUGGAGAAUAUCAACAGUGAAGGCAUCGACGGAACAGAUGAAGAAAAAGUAAAAGGGUGGGAAGAUGAAAGAACUGUGUUCCAAGGGAGAGCUGACUCAUUUAUCGCACGCAUGCACCUAGUCCAAGGGGAUAGGCGAUUUUCUCCAUGGAAAGGGUCAGUGGUGGAUUCAGUGGUGGGGGUUUUCCUAACACAGAACGUCUCCGAUCAUCUUUCUAGUUCUGCUUUCAUGUCACUUGCUGCCCGGUUUCCCCUCAAAUCUGAGAUCAAUCCUGAGAAACAUUUCGAGGAGACUAUUCCCCUGGUUGAGGAACCAGAGAUAUGCAUACAAGAUGGAGAGAAUGCCCCAAAAUGGGACGAGGGGACGUCCAGUCAACCAGACUGCGCAAUAGGAGACCAUGAAGAGAUACACAGUACUCUCCCUAAAGUUAAAGAAAUAUUUCAGACCAGGGAUGAUAAAAGGCAGCAGGAUGACGAUCUCUCCCCUCAGAGUUCAGUUGUUUGUUCUACCAACUCUGUUGGUUCAAUUUCUCACCCUGUUGAGAUAUUAGGAUCAAGCUUGAAAGGUAACCUGGAAGCAGAUCAAACAGUCAUGUCAAAUCCUUGUGUGGAGCUGUCACAGAAGCCAGGGAUCUCAUUCUAUGGAGUCCUACACAGGAAUGAACAUAUCCCAGAAGAACCAAUGUCUGGUUUGCAGAACCAAAACACAGAUGCAUCAAACAUCCCUAACUCAUCAUUAGAUCCUGCUGUUCCUUCCAUAAACAUGCAUCCUCAGAUGACCAGUCACUUUGAAGCAGUAGAAAAUGAGUAUUUAAAGAGGGUGGACAUAGAGAGCACAUGUCACAAUAUCUCCAGAAAAUCAGGAGAGCACAGCAGAAGUGAACCAAGUGCAAUAACCGAAGAAUCUGUGCAUUUACCUAUUGGUGAAAAGAUGACGCCUGAGACCACCUGUGAAGCAUCCAGAUCUAGCAAUGAAAAUAUUCAGACUAACAGUUGUGAAGGAAAUUUGAAUAAGAUGCACUAUCAUCAGUACAUACCAGUUUGGGAUGUCAAUUGGAUGGAUCAAACAGCAGCAGAGCAACAUAGUAACCAUAAGCAGCAAGUUCUGGAGGCCCAAAACCUUCAAAAGGAGGCAAUGCUCGGCUCUGAGAGUACAAGUACUAUUAAUGAUUCAAAAAACACUGGACAGAAGGCAGUUGACUCAGGCUUCAAGGACCCUGGUUUAGUCAAUGGUGAAUCGGUUGAAGCAGGUGUCAAAAUUGAUUUAGUAAACGCUUCUAAAACUAAGAAAGGAAGGACAGGAAAGGUAAAAAAGAAAGAAAUUGAUUGGGACAUAUUAAGAAAAAAUGCACAUCGCGAUUUCGGAGUAAGAGAAAAAUCGGCCAAUACAAUGAACUCAUUGGACUGGGAGGCAGUACGAAGUGCACAUGUCAGUGAAAUCGCAAACACCAUUAAAGAAAGGGGAAUGAACAAUAUGCUGGCAGAAAGAAUCCAGGAUUUCCUAAACCGCUUGAUCAAAGAUCACGAAAGAAUUGAUCUUGAAUGGUUGAGGGAUGUUCCACCUGACAAAGCAAAAGAAUAUCUAUUGAGUUUUAGGGGACUGGGUCUCAAAAGUGUAGAGUGUGUGCGACUCCUUACACUUCAUCAUCUUGCCUUCCCAGUUGACACAAAUGUUGGGAGAAUAGCUGUAAGACUGGGAUGGGUACCCAUUCGACCACUGCCUGAGUCACUUCAGUUGCAUCUUCUAGAAUUGUACCCAGUAUUAGAGACCAUUCAAAGAUAUCUCUGGCCAAGACUCUGCAAGCUAGACCAAAGAACAUUGUAUGAGCUGCACUACCAAAUGAUUACAUUUGGAAAGGUUUUUUGCACAAAAAGCAAACCAAAUUGCAAUGCCUGUCCAAUGAGGGGAGAUUGUCGACACUUUGCAAGUGCAUUUGCAAGUGCAAGGCUUUCCCUUCCAGCACCAGAAGAGAAACGUCUAGUCCCAACAGCUGAAAGCAAAGUACCUGAUGAGGCUUUCCCCUUCCCUUCUGCUAGUAGACUAAUGCCUCUACCUCCAGCAGAAGAAAUUCAAGAGCUGCAUGUACACCCUCAAAGCAGCUUGUGUGAACCGACUGUUGAAGUGCCAACAUCACCUGAGCCCAUAAUUGAAGUCCCCUCUACACCAGAGCCACAAUUACAAAUGCCAGAUGAUGAUAUUGAGGAUUGUUUCUUUGAGGACCCUGAUGAAAUUCCCACCAUCAAAUUGAACAUUGAAGAAUUCGCACAAAAUCUACAAAACUACAUGCAGCAGAAAAUGGAACUUACAGAUGAUAACAUGUCUAAAGCUUUAGUAGCUUUGACUCCUGAGGCGGCUUCUCUCCCAACACCUAAGCUUAAGAAUGUGGGCCGCCUAAGAACAGAGCACCAAGUAUAUGAGCUUCCAGAUUCACAUUGUCUGCUGGAAGGGUUGGAGAAACGAGAACCAGAUGAUCCAUGUUCCUACAUGCUAGCGAUAUGGACACCAGGAGAAACUCCAAACUCAGUUCAACCACCAGAAAGUAGGUGUAACGCCAAAGAAUCAGGUCAAUUGUGUAAUGAGACGACAUGUUUCUCGUGCAAUAGCAUCAAAGAAGCAAACUCACAGACUGUUAGAGGGACCCUUCUGAUACCAUGCAGAACAGCCAACAGAGGAAGCUUUCCCCUUAAUGGGACUUACUUUCAAGUCAAUGAGGUUUUUGCUGAUCAUGAAUCUAGCCUCAAUCCAAUUGAUAUACCAAGGGAUUGGAUUUGGAAUUUGCCAAGACGCACAGUUUACUUUGGUACCUCAAUACCUACAAUUUUCAAAGGUCAAACAACACAAAGUAUUCAGCAUUGCUUCUGGAGAGGAUUUGUCUGUGUGAGGGGGUUUGACCGAAUGUCGCGUUCACCGCGACCACUCAUUGCAAGGUUGCACUUUCCAGCCAGCAAGUUAACUAAGCCAAACGGAAAGAGUAAAGGCAAGAGUAACGACAAACAAGAAUGACCCUCUUCCAAUAGUUAGUUAACAGCCAGCAGAAGUGGUACAUAAACUGUUAGGAGGAAACAGCACUGGAAACAAGUGUUUAUACAUCGCCAUGAAUAUGGAUAACCUAUCACCCAUGCAGCUAACUUAUCACCCAUGCACCUGAUGCUUUGUUUUUUAGUAGCUUUCAUGUUUAAAUGUUGUGUCCUACUACAUUAGAUUAAUAUUCUUUUUGGUCAACAGUCUUUCAGUUAAGAGAACUUGAGUUUUUUUCAUUUUAUUUUAUGUUAAGACAAUAUUCAGGAAUUAGUAUUUUAUGUUCAACAGUUGCCUGCAUUUUUUUUUCUCAAUAGCAUGCAUGUUAAUGCUCCA